AUGUGGACACUAAAUAAAGUUUUGGUCGUCGUCAUGAUGUCUGCGAGCUCAUCGUCACUCAUGGUUACUGCUCUGCUGAUACUGCAUCAAUUGACAGAAUUUACGUGCAACGCUCAACGACAAUGCUCUGGUCGAUUGCACAAAAAUACGACCGACUGCGGCAGCGGUGGACUAACGUGGACUGGCGCCCAGUACCGGUUCGAGUGCGAUACGGUGGAUGCAUUGCUUAGAGACGAUGGCCGUUAUGUGCCGAGAAACAAUAUUGCGCUCAGGGCCCAGAUAUGCGGAAAUGACUUGUACUUGGCGUAUCCCAGGUUGCGAUCCGGCGUGCCAGCUACUGUGGCCACGACUUGUCUGUUUACUGCUGACGCGUGUGAUGAGCCAAUAUUGACGCCAUACCCCUGCUUGUCGGUUCAGGAACAAGGUAAGUCGGGUGACGUGCAAAACGCCGUCGACUUGUACUUGGAUGCGCAGGAGGUGCUGUGGGUCCUGGACACGGGCAUUGUGCAGACGUUGGACAACGACACUCAACCGCUGAGAACGGGACCACCAAUCGUAUGGGCGUUUGACUUGAACACGCGCAAACUCUUCGAAAAAAUCGACUUGACGUGCUUGACGACGCCCAUGAGUCGGCUCCAGAAUCUAGUUGUGGACUACGACGACACGGACAGCAAGUGUUACGUGUACGUGUCGGACGCGGCCAACCGAGCAGUAAUUGUGUACGACGUAGUCGAAUCAAAGGGAUCGCGAGUGGUAUUGCCCAAGGAGAUCGCUGCAGGAUGUACGAAACGCGACGUCCUGUAUGUGGCGCUUGUCCGGGCCGAGUGCGGGGGAGGCGCUGCGGCGCUAAUUGUCACAUACUUGUCGGGUAUCAGGGCGUUCACGGUUCGGACCGAAUACUUACGCCGAGGUUCUGCUGGCAAAGUGACCGAUUUGGGCGUCAAACCAGAUAGAAUGGUGAUUUUAGGUACGGACGGAGGCACAAAACUGUUCUUCCGAUAUGACGCUUCACCCGAAGUGCAGAGCUGGGACGCGGCUCGACCGUUCACUGUGGGAAACUUUUCGCCGGUCUAUCGAUCUACCUCCUGUUUCUUGGCUACUCAGGUGAUGGCCGAUCGGGACCGGAACCGGCUCAUGGUGCUCGAGUCGAACUUUCCGGACUUUGCACAGAAUACCGUCGGCUGCGGAAUCGUGCAAAACGUUCGUGUACUCGAAGGAUGCUUUUAAGUCACGUUUGCAACUCUUUCAACCACGCGAAGGAAUCUGUGAAGAGUCACUUGACGACAUUUACUAUCUGAAAUACUGUGUCAGAUUUUAAUAAAUUAUAUAAAUCAGUUUUAAAUCCACGAAAUAAACUAACUCAAUUUACUAAAGAUUUAUUAACAUCGUUGAUAACUCCUUAUAAUGUAUCUACUAAACGGAAUUAUUUACAUUCACCAGCGUAAACUAGACGGUAUAAUUGAAUUUUAUCGGGAGUCAAUUUAGCGUCCGAUGUUAGUGGGAUAAA